AUGAAUUUCUCCGGGAAACUAUCAUCCGUCCUUCUGCUGGUGCUCUUCGCCGCACAAGGUUGUUUUUCAUCCAAGGCAGAAGACAGGUUAUUUCGAAGGUUGUUCCGAAGGUACAACCAGUUCAUCCGGCCAGUGGAGAAUGUAUCUGAUCCGGUCACUGUGGAGUUUGAGGUGUCCAUAUCACAGCUAGUCAAAGUGGAUGAGGUGAAUCAAAUUAUGGAAACCAACCUAUGGCUGAGACAUGUGUGGAAUGACUACAAAUUGAAAUGGACACCCAUUGAGUAUGAUGGUAUUGAAUUCAUACGAGUCCCAUCAAACAAGAUUUGGAGGCCAGAUAUAGUCCUGUAUAACAACGCUGUCGGCGAUUUUCUGGUGGAAGACAAGACCAAAGCUCUGCUGAAGUUCGACGGCACAAUCACUUGGGUUCCACCUGCUAUAUUCAAAUCCUCGUGUCCGAUGGACAUCACAUACUUCCCCUUUGACUAUCAGAACUGCUCCAUGAAGUUUGGCUCCUGGACCUAUGACAAGGCCAAGAUCGACUUGGUGCUCAUUGGCUCAAAGGUGAACCUGAAAGACUUCUGGGAAAGUGGGGAGUGGGAGAUCAUUGAUGCACCCGGGUACAAGCAUGACAUCAAGUAUAACUGCUGUGAGGAGAUCUACCCCGACAUCACCUACUCCUUCUACAUCCGUCGCCUUCCUCUUUUCUACACUAUCAACCUCAUCAUUCCCUGCCUGCUCAUCUCCUUCCUGACGGUGCUGGUCUUCUACCUUCCUUCUGACUGUGGGGAAAAAGUCACCCUCUGCAUCUCAGUUCUGCUCUCGCUCACCGUGUUUCUGCUGGUCAUCACUGAGACGAUCCCCUCAACCUCACUCGUCAUCCCACUGAUCGGGGAGUAUCUUCUCUUCACCAUGAUAUUUGUAACUCUCAGCAUCGUCAUCACUGUCUUUGUGCUGAAUGUCCACUAUCGCACUCCCAUGACUCACACGAUGCCAGAGUGGGUGAGAUCAGUCUUCCUUGGGGUGCUGCCCAGAGUAAUGCUGAUGAGGAGGCCCAUCGACCAGGGCUGCUCAUCACCUCCCGGCAUUACAGGAGCGGUGGGGGGAGCCAACAUGGGAGGUGGCAAGAAGAGAAAGAAUAGCAUAGGGGGAGGAAGUAGCUCAGGAAGUGUAAGCAUUGGUGGUAUAACUGGGGGAGUGGCGUGCCCACCACUGGAUAGUGGCUCUGGAGGUGGAGGAACUUCCUCAGCUGGGGGCUCCAUGAACUGCGUAGAGUAUGGAGAGAUAAACCGUGACCGAGAUAUGAGCAGGAGGUGUCCCUAUAGAGGCAAGGAGGUACCGACUCCUGUUCCACCCCCAAUGGUGCCGCCUCCUCCCCCUGCACCUCAGGCACAUGGGCCCCCAGAGUCAGAGCUGCCAAAGGUGCCGAGGCCCUUGAAAGCAUCAUCACCAGUCAAUGCAGUCGUCGCCUUUUCUGUUGUGUCUCCUGAGAUCAAGCAGGCCAUUGAGAGCGUGAAGUACAUUGCAGAGAACAUGAGGACCCGCAAUAAAGCCAAGGAGGUGGAAGAUGACUGGAAAUAUGUUGCCAUGGUCAUUGACAGGAUUUUCUUCUUCCCGCUGCGCCGCUUCCCGUUUUGCCUCGACUGGAGUCACAUUGCACAGACUCCGGCCACAUGCGCCUUCACUGGCCGCUGGAAAACACCAGGAGCGCAGCGUUUCGCCAAACUGUGCGCUGCACUUUAUCUGAUGGGGACCUCGCGGUUAGAAACAGAGGACUGCAAACGUGGCCAUUCGGACAGGAACACCAUGAAGUUGGUCUUCAUCCUUCUGUCUGUGUGUCCAUUGUCCUUUGCAGCCAUCACCGCACAAAAGGAAUUUGUAUCCUUGGCGGAGAUGGAGGAUGCUUUGCUGAAAAACCUUUUCCAAGGCUACCAACGCUGGGUGAGGCCAAUCCAGCGUGCAAACGAUACGGUCAGAGUACGACUUGGACUCAAGAUCUCUCAGCUGGUUGAUGUGGAUGAAAAAAAUCAGCUCAUGACAACAAAUGUUUGGCUGAGUCAGGAAUGGAUCGAUUACAAGUUGCGAUGGAAUCCAGAUAAAUAUGGUGGAAUAACCUCAAUCCGAGUUCCUUCAGAGAAUAUCUGGCUCCCAGAUAUAGUCCUAUAUGAAAAUGCUGAUGGACGGUUCGAGGGAUCGCUGAUGACUAAAGCCAUUGUUAAGUUCAAUGGUGCCAUCACCUGGACACCACCUGCCUCUUACAAAUCUGCCUGCACCAUGGAUGUUACAUUUUUCCCCUUUGACCGCCAGAACUGCUCAAUGAAGUUUGGUUCCUGGACCUACGAUGGUAACAUGGUAGACAUGGUUCUGAUGGACAACCAGGUUGAUCGGAAAGAUUUCUUUGACAACGGAGAAUGGGAGAUCCUCAGUGCCACUGGUGCCAAAGGAAACAGGAAGGAUGGCAUGUAUUCCUACCCUUUCAUCACCUACUCCUUCAUCCUGAAGAGACUGCCGUUGUUCUACACACUCUUCCUCAUCAUCCCUUGUUUGGGUUUGUCUUUUCUGACCGUCCUGGUGUUUUACCUCCCAUCGGAUGAAGGAGAGAAACUAUCGCUCUCCACUUCUGUUCUAGUGUCGCUCACGGUGUUCCUCCUGGUCAUUGAAGAAAUCAUUCCCUCUUCAUCUAAAGUCAUCCCACUCAUUGGAGAAUACCUGCUUUUCAUCAUGAUCUUCGUCACCCUGUCCAUCAUUGUCACUGUCUUUGUCAUUAAUGUCCACCACCGCUCAUCAGCCACCUACCACCCGAUGUCUCCAUGGGUACGCAACCUAUUUCUGCAAAAACUCCCCAAACUGCUCUGCAUGCGAGGACACACCUACCGGUACCACUACCCUGAGCUGGCCCCCGAGAGUCCUGAGCCUAAGCCUCGUUCUGGCGGUCGGAGAGGUGGCCAGAGAACAGGCGAAGGAGCCCAUGCACAGACGACAUCUGACGGCAAGGAGGAAGAAGCCUGGGCCACCAUGUUGGAAAAAGCCAUCUAUUCAGUACGCUAUAUCAGCAGACAUAUCCGGAAAGAACACUUCAUCCAUGAGGUGGUGCAAGACUGGAAGUUUGUUGCUCAGGUGUUAGACCGGAUCUUCCUGUGGGUUUUCCUCUCAGUUGCUAUACUGGGUACCAUUCUCAUCUUCACUCCAGCUCUACAGAUGUUCCUGAAAAUUCCUCCUCCGACAGCAAAUGAGGAGCCACCCUUGGACCACUAA